GAGAAUCAGAGAGAGUGAUGGGAUAUUCAGGAGGAGGAGUCCUCAUCAAGUGUAGAUAUGAGAGAAGAUACACAUCAAACCCAAAAUACCUCUGUACGGGUUUAUGGCCCUUUCUGGCGAAUCAAAUUUGGACAAACGGAAAAAAUGAGUGGAUGAAUAUGGGACGAUUUUCAUUGUUUGAUGACACCAGAGCUGCACAGUUCUGGGUGGUGAUCAGGGAGCUCACUGUAGAGGAUUCUGGAACGUACAAAUGUGCAGUUGGGAAAUCUGGCUUUGACGUCUACACACCAGUGGAACUGAAUGUAAAGGAAGGUCAAUCCCAUGAGAAGAGCAUCAGUGUGACGGUUCAUGUAGGAGGCGUUCUGAACAUCAGCUGCAGAUACCCACAAUUCCCUGAGUUUCUCUGCUGGAGAGUGGGUCAUGAUGAUUGUAGUCAUAAUAUAACUGUAAAUGAGAGUAAAAUGUGGAUGAAUGAGGGAACCCUUUUUCUGCAUGAUGAUGGAAAGAAAAUCUUGACCGUGAACAUCAACAAUCUGACGGAGGGAGACUCUGGUGAAUACUGGUGUGGAGCUGAAUUUGACUGGACAUCUGACCAUGGAUACAAGAUUUAUAUUAAACAGGACAGCCUUACUGAUCAGACAGCCACAUCAUCCUCAUCACCAUCAAGCACUCCAAAGACUCCAAUAACAACCUCCUUUUCAAAAUCUAAAACUACAGUGAACUCCUCGCUUGAGGCAUCAACAGAUCUUCUUCCACAAUCACCGGCAAAUCACUCUGCGACCACAAAACCAACCACAUCCUCAACUUCUAAAACCACAGCCUCUUCAGCCUCUGCUGCAUCUUCCUCUGUGAGGACUCUCUUGGCUGCGAUUCUGGUGGUGUUCCUGAUCGGCCUCUUUGUCUUCGUUCUCAUCAUCAUGCUUAUUCUUUACCUACAGAAGAAGUACAAGACCCGAGCCUCAACCCAAAGCGAGCCUGUCAAAGACCCCUCCCAUGAUAGGAUUUCUUUAUAUGUCUAUGAGGAGAUUAAAGACAUUCCUGUCUCAGAUGCUGGAGCUUCUACAGUCUACGCUACUGCUGAACUACCGACAAACCCCUCAGAACCUUCUCAGACUGUUUAUGAUAAUGUCCAGUUAUCCACAAACCCCUCAGAACAUUCUCAGACUGUUGAUGUCCAUUUUCCCUCAGGCUGUGACUUCUCAAAUCUUGUUUAUUCUCCUGCUCAGUCACCAUCAAACUCUCCUGACCAGGUCACCAGUCAGUUACCCACAACUAUCUCUGAUUCCUCAGUGAGCGCCACUCAGCAUUCAGCUGGAACAUCUGCUGAAGGUCCAACAUACGCAACCGUGAAUUUCAGCAAGAAUGCAGAUAGUUCUACCGAUGCUGUUACCACGGCAACCACCAACAAGGAGAACCACUCGUGAUUAUCAUACCGUCAAACACGAUAGCGGAAGUUUUCAUGUCUGACAUUUUCUUAUCUAUUUCCACCAAAACAGCACUGUAUUCUUCUUUUCACUGUAUGUUUUGCUUCUGGUGUGAAUGUGGUGCAUAGAAACAAUUCCACAUUUAUAGAUCAGAAAUAAGCCUUAAGCUUUGCUUGCUAUUAAUAUUUAAGAUUUGCAAUGCAAUUUUUAAAAAAAAAUCCAAGUCCAGGUUAACCUCAGUUAUCUUUUCAAAGAGUUGAGUUGUGUGUUGUGUAGUGUGCAGAACCCACUGUUCAGCUUAGCUCAUGCAUUUGUCUCAUUCUUCGCCCAUUUAAAAAAAAAAAACAACCUUGUCCACCCUAUAUUUAUUAAUCAGUCCCUAAUACCAAUGCUUAUUAUACAGUACUUACAUUAGUUGCUUAGUCGCUACUAUGUAAGUCAUGUAGUUUCAAGACUGACAAUGUCAUUGGACGUCCUGUGGUUGUUAAUAGUAACAUUAGCGCCAAUUUAUUGCAAUUCAAAUGUUUUACUCUUUAUUUUGGCAGCAUUUUCAUGAAGCAAAUCGAAUCCCAUUGCAGUAAUGCAGAAAUAUGAUACAUAUUCAGCAUU